AUGAGAAAGAUCCAGGGCGAGGUGAAGUUGGUAGGAGAUGAGGAGGCAGUAGAGCAGCUCCUGGAAGCGGAUUAUGCAGAGGCGGAAGGCGAGGUAGACCGGACUGAUCCGUUAGGUCUCGAGAAGGGCCAAGUAGUAGAGAUUUGGCCGACUGAUUCCGGGUCGGACCAUCGCGACAAAGGAGAGUUGGUUUCGAUCAACGUGAAAGAAGUGGUACUCGAGCCUGAGGUGCCUGGUGGGAAGGGGUGCUUUGAGACUUCAUUGCCCAAGAAUCAACUUCAGGAUCGCACCAGCGGCAGG